AUGCGGCAAGUAUAUCGCUUUUUGAUAUAUGACGCAGUGUGUAUUGAAGGUGACACGUCAAUACGGGAAAAAAAUUUACUAUGCCGAUUAGCUACUGUUGCUGACCGCAUUAUCGCUCCUCUGCGAGCCCUCGAGGAAGAGCAACGACACCAGAAACAAACGCAGCAGCAGCAGCAGCAACACCCUCAGCAGCAGCAACACCCCGAGCAGCAGCAGGAUCUCUCCGGCAGGCAGCAGCAAGAUGGCGAUGAGUCGCUCCAGAUUUAUCUUAAGGACUUCUUUGAAAUAUCAGACCUGCUUCACAUCCAACGCCUUGCUCUACGCUUGCCCCAUCUAUCUGAUGGUAUCAUAUUCACGCCCGUUCAUCUUCCUUACGCUACGGGCAUAUGCCCUUUACUACUCAAGUGGAAGCCUCCUCAUCUAAAUACGGCCGAUUUUUGUGUGAAUCCUCUCUACGAUGAACGCGGUAUCCCUCGACUCUUUCAACUCUACGUCCUAGACAUGGGGCUACUAACAUUUAAAGGUCAUUUCCUCGCACCGUAUGGAAAGAUGUACAAAGAAUUACUGACUAUUGCCAGUCGCUCACGACUAGGUGGCAUGGUAGUCGAGUGUUACUGGCACCCGGCUGCUCCAGUGUAUACAUACAUCCCGUCAUUAAAAACAGGCGGAGGAGGAGGAGGUGCGAGAGGGGAUAAAGAGUUUGCGCGUCGACUCAUCGAAUGGGAGAAAAUGAAUGGCCCGAAGCCCUUCUACGAUUUGGAGAAUGGCACCUGGAAAGAAGGCGGAUGGGUUGUUGAGCGCUUUCGUACGGACAAAACGACGCCCAACUCAUUCCUUGUUGUUAACAAAAUACUCCAGAGCAUCGAUGACGGCAUCACAUUUCCCUCGCUGCUGCGUGAAUUUGAACGCUACAAGCAGCACGGUAAAAGAUCAGUGCGAGAGUUAUACUCACUACCCCCACCAGCUGUUCAGCGCGCGCCGCCGCCAUAUUGUGCCUUCCACACUGAAGAGCACGAUUAUUGUCACGAAAAUGGAGUGCUUUGA